CCACCUUUUUCUCUCUACCACCUCUCUUCUCUCUCAAUCUUUCUACCCUAUUUUCUAGUUUAUAUAUAUUGUUUUCUUACCAUACACUUUUUUAUUCUUUCAUUUCUCUCCUCUCACAACAAGAAAGAAAAGCCAACAUAUUCUCUCCCAUCAUCAACAGUAACGUCGAUCAUCACCUGACCGGUCGAGACGACACGUCGACUAUGGCGCGCCGUCUCUUCACCUGUUUUGGCAAAGGCUCCUCGCAUCAUAAGCGAGAAAUUUCGUACGAAAAUACCACGUCGGAUAUGACGGUGGAGGAGCAGCGGAGAGGCGGACCGGUGGUGGUGGAGCUCUUUUCAUCACAGGGCUGUGCUACCUCUCCAGAGGCGGAGCUGCUCUUCUCACGGCUAGGGAGGGGCGAUUUCAACCUUGAGGUGCCGGUGAUAUUGUUGGCUUACCAUGUUGAUUAUUGGGAUUAUAUGGGCUGGAAGGACCCUUUUGGGUCGAGCCAAUGGACUGUGAGGCAAAAGGCCUACGUUGAGGCCCUGAACCUUGAUACAAUGUUCACACCCCAAAUUGUGGUCCAGGGUCGGGCCCAAUGUGUUGGUAAUGAUCAGGAUGCUUUGUUAUCCUGCAUCGCGUCGGCACCGCGAGUUCCUGCUCCCUCGUUCCAGGUUAGCAAAUUUUAUUACAUCUAUAUUAUGAGUGAUGAUUGGUGUAUAGAUUCAUGGUUUACAGAACUCUUACCAACACUUCACAUGGGGGGUGGGGAGAGAAGAGUGGGUUAAUUUUUUAACAUUAUUUAUUCAUGUGGGACCCAUAUUUUUAUGAGAGUAUGUACACAU